AGCGCCGCUCUGUUCUCAGUUGGUACAUGAAAACAAUAAACAACUAGAGAACAGGAGGAAAGCGAUUGAGCUCGUCCUUUGGUUUCGACAAAAAUAUAAUCAGAAAGAGGAUUCGAAAAUAACUGAAAACGACGAAAAGCACGCGCACAUCGAAACCGGAGGCGCAGUCUUCCUUGACACGAAGCAUUUUUGAAUUUAGGUGUCAAGCGAAGUCAGAAGUCGACGCUUUCUACCCCUUCCUUAGCCCCUUUAGCCCCUUCCCUUUGCUCUUUCCUCAAUAGCACAUUGCUGUUUGUUAUGCAGUUACCGGAGAAUCGCUUUCUCACUCGUCUUCCUCCACCACCUCUUCACUCCCUUACCCCAGUCUCUCUGGCCCCAUGUCCCGCUGGCUCUUCCCUUGGUCCGGCUCAAUCAAAAAGCGGGCCUGUCGGUACCUUUUACAGCACUACCUCGGUCACUUCCUCCAGGAGCGACUGAGUUUGGAGCAGCUCAGUUUGGACUUGUACAACGGCAGCGGGGUCAUCCGAGAUAUUAACCUUGAUGUCUGGUCGGUGAACGAGCUUUUGCAGUCUGUGGGGGCUCCCCUGGAGAUAGUAGAAGGCUUCUUGAGCAGCAUUGCUGUAACCAUACCGUGGGCGGCUCUCGUUACUGACCACUGCACCUUGGUUGUCACUGGUCUACAGCUGACAUGCCGGCCCAAGUACAGGACCAGUGGUGUCUGGGACUCUCAGGGCUGGUCCUCCUGCAUGACUUCCAGCAUGCAGCUGGCACAAGAGUGCCUGAAGGACCCCCCUGAGGCGUCCGAGGAACCGCCUGCACCUCUGGAAGGGCUUGAGAUGUUUGCUCAGACUAUUGAGACUGUGCUUCGUCGGAUUAAAGUCACUUUCGUGGACACCAUUGUCCGUAUUGAACACCAGCCUCUGGACCUAAAUACUGGCGUUGCCUUGGAGGUGCAUAUUAAACGGCUUGAUUACUGUGAUGAGGCAGUGCGUGACUCUAGUCAAACUGUACCUGUGGACAUCCACCAGCCCCCUGCCAUCCUGCACAAGAUCCUCCAGCUCAGUGCCAUCCAGCUAUACUAUGAGACCUUUGGUGUGCCUCAGGAUGGACUUGAACCCGACAGUGACGGUGAGGGACGCCCCCCAGCGGAGCAGCGGGAGACCCCUGCGACCCCGCAGCUCCCCCUGCUGAUCGGGAGCUGCUCUGGCUUCAUGGAGACCACUGUGAAGAUCAAACAGAAUGAGGCAUUGCCUGGACCCAAGCUGGAGUUGGAUGGAAAGGUUGGCUGUCUUCAUUUGCUGCUUUCCCCAGACCAGAUCAUGCACUUGAUGGACCUCAUGUCAGCACUCUGCAUUGAUAUGGAACCCCAUUGUGGCGAGGGUGCCCAUAGCCGUCCUCUGGGGUCGGAGGACCUGCGGCUGAUUGAGGAGGACUUGAGCAAGCAACUGAGUGCUGAUGCCGGGGAACGAGAGCGAGGAAGGGAGGAGGAGGCAGAUGAGGAAGCUGAGGGGGAGCUGCUGAUCAGCAGUGUGGAGAAUGCCGAAAUGUUCUAUUCUAUGGGGGCGGGCAUGAGCAGCAGUGUGAUGUCUGGACGAUCGGGCAGCGAACUGUCCGACAGUGACAUGGAGUCCUCACUGCACAGCCUGAACCUGCCACAGCCACUGUCCCCCGGGCUGAUGAUGAACUGCCCCAGACGUUACCCUGUGCCGGGAGCACUGUCCAGCCUGCCACACAGCACCAGGACCCCAGGUCGAUCCUCGCAGCGCCCCCCCCCCGAGCCCCUCAAGCCCGACGCCUUGCUCCGCCUCUCUUUGGGCGGAGUCACCCUCACGCUGCUAGAGCGCGAGCCUCCCGAGCCUGGGUCUGGGGGGACGCUGCCCCCGCUGGCCGAGGUGUCUCGGGUCUUCUUCAAUGAACUAGCCUACUUCAAGGAUGCCAUGUUCAGUGGUCGGGACUUCAGCCACCUGAGGCAGAACUUCGUCAAAGCCUGCCCUCAUUCCCACCUCAGGAUUACGGGAGCGGUAGUGCAGGUGUCGUGUGAGAUGCGAAGUUCGGGCCGGUGCGCCCGGGAGGUGACAUCCGACCUCUCGUUCAGCCGGCUGGAGCUGCUCGAGUGCCUGUGGGAGGCGGGAACACCCGAGUAUACAGAGCUUCUGCAGUUUCACAGAGCUGGUUCAUUCCCCAUGGGAGCUAUGGCCCGGCCCUGCGCUGUCCUCCACUACACUCUGACAGAGAAGCAGCACCGCAAGACCGGGUUGAAGCAGAAGCAGCUUCGCAGAGACAGCACAGUGCGGGUGGACCUGGCUGAACUGACGGCCGAGUUGGACCUGGAUGUGCUGAACAGGCUGGAGACACUGAGUCGGGCUCUCAGCUACACCCCCUCGCAGCCGCAGAUGCCCCCGCAGAUGCAGACCUGCGAGCUCCACUCUUCCCUGACCGUGCUCUCCCCGCACGCGGUUCUGAAGGUCCGCUUCCCCAUUCCAGACCUUCGGCCCGUGGGUGAGCAUCGGCCGCCCGGCCAGCGGGCGGUCCGGGCCGAGACCCUGAGUCUGGAGCUUUCCCACCUGGAGCUCCGCACUCACCUGGGGCCGGAGUCCAUGGGCGGAGCUCGCAUGAGCCACUUGCUGGAGGUCGGCUUCAGCGACCUGCACGGCGUGUAUGAAGGCUGGGAGGGCGGCACCUUCCCCUGCAUUCGAGUGCAGAAGAACCCAGACUCCCAAACCCCAGACAGCGUACCCAGAAUCUCGGUGAGGAUCAGCUGCGGGGCGGCUGAGGGCUCUGGCCGGCGGUGGCCUGAUGGCAGCAGGGUGAGCGGCCUGGCCAUGGAUGGGGACCUGGCCUCUGUCUCCAUGGAGAGCCCCUGUGAACUGAGGGAGAGAGAGAGCUCCCCCUUCUCCUCCAACCGCACCAUGUUCGAGACCGAAGAGAUGGUGAUCCCCGCGGACCCUGUGGAGAUGCAGGACUUCCAGGCUCAGUGUGUGUCCCAGAGCCAGUGCGUGGUGGACAUCACACUACCACUGGCCACAGUGCUGCUUCCCAGCAAAGAGGCCUAUCAGAGCAUAUACAACCGGAUCAACAAUGACCUCUUAAUGUGGGAACCUGAACCCUCGACAUCCUUCGGUUCCUCAGGGUCGCAGAACCCGCCUUGCCAGGUUCCUCGUUCCCAGGAGGAUGAGUUCCGCCUCUGCAAGUCGGCUUUCCGGCUGGACUCGGACUCAGAGGAGGAGGAACACCAGUUCCUCACGGCCAAGGAAUCUGUAAAGCACAAGGGGGCGAAGCAGUGCUCUAGCCCCUCCCAGAAUCUCCUCUCCCUCACCAUUCACAUUGGUCAGGGGCGUCUGCAGGUCAUGACAGACAGCAAGGGGGAGACAGGGCGCCCUGUGGAGCACAGCCAUGGAGAGCUUAUAUUGGAUGUGAAAGGGGGGAAGAUAUUUAGUGUAACACAACAUCAGGGCAACCCCUACCUCAACUUUCUGUGUCUUGAGAGCAAGAGAGUGGAGCUGUACCAUAAAGCUGUGGUCCCAGACUCCCCGAUUCCUGUGCGAUUGGACGUUCCCAGCUUUUCACCCCCGGAGUAUCUGGACGCCACCGUUUAUCCCUCAGAAGUGGGGGUCAGCUGCACUGGGGGCAGAGAGGUUGGGGCUCAGAUGCUGUCGACGGCCAUCAGGAUCACGUUGGACCUCCAAAGGAAUGUGAAGGAGUUCCUGGUUGCUCUUCGUCUCCAGGGAGCCACUCUGCGGCAUCACAUGGCAUUAACCAAUCACAGCUGGCAUGAACAGCUGGUGGAUUUCCUGGAUGUGAUUGACGACCCCAUCCUGGGCUACACACCACCUGCUGUAAUCACGGUCCUACAUACUCACCUGGCCGCCUGUGCCGUCGAUUACAGGCCACUGUACCUUCCUUUGCGUGUGCUGUUCACCGCAGAAUCCUUCUCUCUCUCCAGCAACAUAAUCGUGGACACCGCGACCUUUCACCUCAGGUUCAUCCUGGACGACUCUGCGUUGUACCUGUCGGAUAAAUGCGAGAGUGAGGCUGUGGAUCUGAGAAGAGACUAUGUUUGCGUGGUGGACAUCGAUUUGCUGGAGCUGGCCAUCACCACCUGGAAGGGCAGCGAGUCCGGGAAGCUGAACCAGCCCCUCUUCGAGCUGCGCUGCUCUAACAACGUAGUCCACCUGCACACCUGCGCCGACUCCUGUGCCGCCCUGCUCAACCUGCUGCAAUACCUGGUGUCUCGUGGUGACCUGCACCCCCCUCCACGGCACACUUCCCCCACUGAGAUCGCGGGACAAAAACUGCCGCUCUCAGAAAGCCCUGCCAGCCUACCACCCUGCCCUCCUGCCGAGACUGCUGAGAUCAACCAGUAUGAUCUGACCGAUGCUUUGAUUGAUACCGAAAAGAGUCAACGAGACGAGAUGGAUACCGCUUCUCCAGCAUAUGUACAGCGCAACUCGCCUGUCUCCGUCUACCUGUUUCCUGGAGAGGACACCAAGCUCCAUUCACUCCCAGAAGGGGAGGAUCUAGACUCAGAUGGACUGGGGAGUGCAGCCAAUGAGCUGCAGUGUGACAUGGGGUCAGAGGCGGAGUCAGAGAGCUCCACAGAUAACGACGACUUCUGUAUCCUGGAGGCUCCUGGGAUGGGCAUUCCGCCCAGAGACGGGGAGCCAGUGGUCACCUUGCUAUGCCCCGGUCCCAUCUUGGUGAAAGACGGGUACUUUUCUCGGCCCCGGGGCAGCUCCGACCUGCUGCGUGCUCCCUCCCGCUUUCCUGUGCCCCAGAGUCGCGUGGUGCUCAGGGAGGUGUCUGUGGUGUGGCACCUGUACGGGGGCAAGGACUUCGGGGGCCGGCCCCUCUCUGCCCAUGCACAGCACAGCCACAGGUACAGGUACAGGUACAGGGGGCGCUCUGCCCCUCCUGGGGCUCGUGGCUCCCCGUCCCGAUCAGCGGCCCCUCCGAGGCCCCAGAACUCUUGGCGCUGGGCGGGGGGAAGUGGAAGACAGCACAGCCUCCUGAUGGAGAUUCAGUUGACUAAGGUCAGCUUUCAGCACGAGUCCUAUCCCGUGUCCGGACCCCUCCCUGCCUCCAGCCAGGAGGCGGAGGGCACCUCGCUGGGAGACACCGGCGUGGGAGAGCAGCCCCUCUCUCGCCAGGUGUUCAUUGUCCAAGAGCUGGAGGUGCGGGAUCGGCUGGCCUCCUCCCAGAUCAACAAGUUCCUGUACCUGUACACCAGCGAGAGCAUGCCCCGCAGGGCGCACUCCAACAUGCUGACCAUCAAAGCCCUGCAGGUCUGCCCAGAGUCAGGUCUUGGUGGCCCAGAGUGCUGCCUGAGGGUCAGUCUCCUGCCUCUGCGCCUCAACAUCGACCAGGAUGCGCUCUUCUUCCUGAAGGACUUUUUCAGCAGUCUGGCUGCGGGUGUGAACCCCUACCUGCCUGUGGAAGCGGCGGCUGAGGCGAAGGCAGAUGAAUCGCCAAAACCGUCGGGGGAGCCAGAGCCCAGCGCCAGCCUCGGCCAGGACCUCAGUGGGUCCAUGGAGACAACCUACAGCGAGCAGAGCUCAUCCUCUGCCGGAUCCUCCUCUUCCUCGGAUCAACCGAUUUACUUCAGGGAGUUCCGCUUCACCUCCGAGGUUCCCAUCUGGCUGGAUUACCAUGGCAAGCAUGUGGUCAUCGAGCAGGGUACCUUUGCAGGCAUCCUGAUUGGACUGGCGCAGCUCAACUGCUCCGAGCUCAAGCUCAAGAGACUGUGCUGUCGACAUGGACUGUUGGGCGUGGACAAGGUCAUCCAGUAUGCUGUCAACGAAUGGCUGACUGACAUCCGAAAGAACCAGCUGCCGGGGAUUCUGGGAGGAGUGGGUCCCAUGCACUCUGUGGUUCAGCUCUUUCACGGCGUGAGAGACCUGUUCUGGAUGCCCAUCGAGCAGUAUAGGAAAGAUGGGCGCAUUAUCCGGGGGAUCCAGCGGGGGGCAGCGUCUUUCGGCACGUCCACUGCCUCUGCUGCCCUGGAACUCAGCAACCGAGUAGUCCAGGCCAUACAGGCGACAGCGGAGACCGUAUACGAUAUCCUGUCCCCGACGCCCCCGUUAACACGCUGCAUUUCAGAGGGGCGUCCCGGCUCCCGCCCGCGUCGAACCCAUCAGCCCGCCGACCUGAGAGAGGGCGUGGCCAAGGCCUACGACACCGUGAGGGAGGGAGUGAUUGACACCGCUCAGACCCUCUGCAAUGUGGCAUCCCGUGGGCACGAGCAAAAAGGCUUGCCAGGGGCGGUGGGAGGUGUGCUGCGACAGAUCCCCCCCACCGUGGUUCUUCCCCUCAUUGUGGCUUCUGAGGCUACCUCCAAUCUGCUCGGGGGCAUGCGGAACCAAAUCAAGCCGGACGCGCGGAAGGAGGACUUCUUAAAAUGGCGCACCGAAGACAGCCAGGAAUGAAAUGCGGAGACUGGGCAGGGGGAGCAGGGCAGUGUUGAAGUAGUGAGCUUUUUCAUGCAGAAAAAGUCCGCAGAAACACUAUAGCAACUGCUUUCGGAGAGCCGUGUUUGAUGUGGCUUCAAAGAAUGGGCAUAUUGUGAGAAUUGAACAGCUGAUAUUUCACAACUGACAUGUUCUGAGGCAGUCAUUGCCCACCCCCGCACACCUGGUAGCAAACAACCAGUACCUUUAAACAAGUAUGUGGCUUCAUAUAUAGCCACAUGAAGACUGUAUAAGGAAGCUGUUUCAGUGUUGCUUGUGAUCUUCAUAGUAAUCCAUUACAGAAUAAUGAAAAUGUAAACUGUUUUCCAGAGUUGGUUCUAUGCUAAGUAAAUAAUUAGUAUCGAAAGUAACAUUGGCCCAUGCAAACAUUUGGUUGAAGAUGGCAAAGGAACUACAAUAACGUGGCCUUGCUCUCCGGUGUCGCUGGCUGUAGAAAAGGUGUCCAUUUUUAACCUUUACCCUAGUAUGCACCUGUGUAUGUGGUUAAAUCCUGUACUGUACAAACCCUGCCUGAAAUCUGUUGCCAUCUGUGCCAUACGCUCGGUCUAAAUAGGGAACAACCUCAGUACAGUUCUCGUCCUCUUCUUUCCUCCGGUUCCCUCUGUCCUAAACGUUUCAUGACUUUUUUUUAGUUUGUGAUCACUGUGCUCCCACUGUGCUCUCUCUGUGCAACCCCUUUUUCCCAAAUCAGGCCAUUUCGAGUGCCCUGCCAUUCAUAUCCCUUUACAUAUGCUAGGCUUGUCUUUGCUAUACUAAUUAGUUUGCCUUCAUGCAUUUGUUUUCUUUUGUAAUUAUGAUUAACAAGUGUUACUAUUAUGAUUUUCGCCUUCUGAAUGUGUGUGUCUGUGUGUGUUAGGGAGGGUGGUGUAGGGUGUCUUGUUUUGACUUACAUUUUACAUUCUAAGGCUUUUGUUUAAGGAGUAUUACAUGUAAGGGGAAGUGUGUUUGCGUGGGUAACGGAUGCAUGUGGUGGGAGCGUGUCAUGUAGCUUCGGCUGGCUGGUUGGCUGCUUUUCUUGCACCACAGCCUGUGAUUCCCGUUAUCGUAUGCUGUAAGAAUGAACUGUAUUAUACUUAGACAAUGUGUAAACAAAUUAAUACAAAAUAAAAGAAAAAUAUGUAAAA